GCCAGAGGCCGGCGGCCAGCUGCCACCGCUCGGACUUUGUGGGGGGUUACGUGACUCCAGACCCUUUCGAAAGGCCGCUUGAGGAGAAAGUACAAGCAGAGGAAUAACGAGUGCUGCAGUCGGCCUCGGUUUCCGCCCUGAAGCAUGAGUGAUGCGGUUAACAUUCAUCAAACUGUCUCGGAUGGAAACGCUGAGCGCGGGAUAGAGAUCGCAGAAGAAGAUUCAAGUGAAAUCCAACAUCACGGUAUCAGUAAUGAAAGAGAUGUAACAAAAAGUCCCGAAAACCAGACCGGAGUUCAGACGAAUAGUGGUCAAGAUGAAGUGAUGGAUGAAACGUGCCAAGAUCAAGCUCAGCCGAACAGUAAACGUGAUGAAGAUGAGUGUAGUAUCGAUAAAGUCCAACCCGAGGCUGAAAAUGCUGAAAGCGAAAUUAGUGAUGCUGGGCACCAGGCUCUUGUUCAGGCGAACAGUGAUGUGCAAGGUGUAGGAGAAGUCCAAUCUUGCAGUAACAGCAGUGAAAAAGAUGAAACACAGAGUGAAACAGCGCAAGUUGAAAACGAGCCUAUUGAUGGAAAUGAAACUCCAUUUGAGGUAGAUCAAAUUGAAAAUGAAAUUGAAAAUCAGUCCACCAGUGGAGAGCAUGAUGAUGCUCUGAUUGAGGUAGAUCAAGUUGGAGAUCAUUUUACCAGCAGUGAACAAGAUUUGGUUCAGAAUGAGUUGGGCCAAAAUCAAGCUAAUAAUGAUAAAACAAAGAGUGGCACAAAACAAGAGAACCUUCCUAAUGAUGGUAGAGCAGUGGCAGCUAAGACUGGUAUGCGCAAAACCAAAUCAACGCUAUCUAGUGGAAGAACUGGAAAAACAGGUGUCCUCAAAGGGAAUAGAACCCCAGCUUGUAUUGACAGAAAGAAAAAGCUUGCCAUAAAAAGUUGCAGAAAAAUUGGUAAAACCAGCAGUGACUUUUCAGUUGCUAAAAGUGCCUCAAGCCAAGCUCAGACUAAGAGUAUACUUGCCAAGCCUAAAUCCCAAACAAAGAAUGCUGAAAAAGGAAAUUUAAAUGUUGUGGAGGAGGCAGAUAAAGUUCAGCCUCAACUGACUGAUGAGAAAGAACCUUUGACUGUUGAAACUAAUGCAAGUGACAUAAAUGAACCUAAGAAUGAGGCAGCAGACAUGUCCAAUAAAGACCAACUGCAAGCUACCACAGAUCAAACCUGGCCACCUGAGAGGACAGAGGCACCUGCCAGUGGAAGGUUACCUGAAAGUGAUGGAUUUCUUCCCAGCAAAGAGGGCAAACCGGUGACUAUGUUUUGGUGUGAUAUUUGCAAGGUAGUUUGUACAUCUGCUCUGAAUCUCCAGAUGCAUUUCCUUGGCUUUAAACACAAAAAGAUUGAAGCAGCUUUAAAAUGGAAUGUUAACACUGCGGAAGAAGGUACUAAAGAUGAAGUUUCAAUCCCAACGGAGACAAGAACUCUGGAAUAUCAUCUCAGUAAAAUGAAGAUAAACAAGGCAGUGCUUGGUCUUGACUAUGUAAUUGAAUAUCGUAAUGAUCAAAAGACGAAUCCACAGUUUGUUUGUAAACUGUGCUACUGUAAAUCAGAACUCACCUGGUUUUUCCCCCAUUUGCUUGGAGCUAAGCACAUGACAAAUUAUCUGGAAAAGCACCAUCCAGGUGCUCUUAAAUAUGAGGGAGAAAAAUUGAAGCCUUCUGAAUGGAAAGAAUUUGUCUUCAAAAAAGCACUUGAAAUUGAAAAGCUAGAUGGAAGAGGGAAGGUGACUAUUGUCCACGAGAAAACCAAUGCAAAGAAUAAUGAAAAAACUGCUGUAAAGAGAAUUGCAGAAGUGUCUGCUGUGGAGCCAGAACAUAAAGUGCAGAAAUCUGAAGACACUUCAAAUGAAGAAAUAAAGGAAAGUGAGGAGUGGUCAGGGAUGUACCUCUAUCCAGAUGGUCUUCCUAUCAAUUUUCCAGUGGAUUCAAAGCCAUACACACGACCAGUCCGGGCACGUCAAGAAGCCACUGCUCCACAAGGAGCAGUUUCAGCAGUUGAUGACCUGUUAAGUUCGGUAGGAUCAAAAAUUCUGGAAGAUUACAUCAGAAAUUUUGAUUAUGAGGAAUCUAUAAUAGGGUUGGAUUUUGUGACUGAAUACCAUUAUCGAGGAAAAGAUGAACCAUAUUAUUACUGUGAACUGUGCACUUGUGAAUUGCCUCUUCAGUGUGUUCUGGCACAUAUCUUUGGACUUAAGCACAAGAUGCGUUACGUAAGAAAGAGGCAUCCAGAGAUAUUGAAAUUGAAUGUAGGAAAAUAUAAAACAAUUGUCAAGAAGAAAGCAAUUGAAAUUGAAAAGACAGAUGGCAGAGGAAGGGUGAGGGUUAUCCGCGAUUAUAAUGGACCUGCACUUAGUGAGAAGAUAGCUACUGGGACGAUGUCAUUUGAAGACGACGAUGUAGAAAGUGAGCUACCACUCGUAGGAUACAGUUUUGAGCAAGACCAGAACACCAACAUGGAAACCACCACCUCUCCUGAUACUAGAACAAAAAGAUCUCCUACGAGCUCAAAACCAUCCAACAGACUAAGUUGUUCAAAAGCUGGUUCUCGGUCAGAUUAUAAAUACUCCCGACGUGAUUCCUCGACAAGUCGGCAUGUCCAGUCUAGGAAAAGAGAAAGCUCUAAAGGUACUAAACAUUCUGGAGAAGACUGGCGAGAUGAAUGGCAACGAUCGGUUAAGCGAACAAAAUAUUAUAAACAAGAUAAAGAAAGAGUAAAAGAAACAAGUAUACAUUCUGACAGAGACAAGAAACGGAAACAGACAAGAUCAGAUUCUAAAGAUGAUUACAAGAAAGGAGACAGGCCUAGGAGUAGUAAAGAUGAUCAUCACAAAGGAUCUAGCGUUAGCCAACGGGUAUCAGGAAAGCAUGGGCUGUCCAAACAAGAUAUCAUAAAGAAGGAGAUUUUGGCAUAUUUGGCCAGUUUUAAAGUUAUUAGUGACACUGAUGCUGGAUAUGUCAAGGAGAUAAUGUACAAACUUAGCAAUCGAUUGUUGCAGUUUGGUCAAAAGGCCAUGAAGAUCACGGGUUCUGCUGAGAAAUUAAUCAAAGAAACAAAAUCCUGUAUACCAGAUGGAAGUUUUGGACGUGACUCUCAUAAGACAAAUUUACGGAGUUAUUCAGGCUAUUCUAGCAGGGAUAAAAGUAUGAUGGAAUCUGCUGAAUAUUCAUCAUCUGGUUCUCUAACCAGAAGCUCCUCAUACCAUUCUGCAGCACGUAACACUGAUGCAUCGAUACAUAACAACCUCCUGAGCCCAUCACUGCUAAAUUCUAUUCGCGGGAUGGAUGAGUGUACAAUUACUAAUACACUCACUAGGCUGGCGGCCAACAAUCCUGCAUUUGAAGGUAUAAGGAUUUCAACCUUGGUUACUGUGUUGAUGGAGGCUGGUGUGCUUAGUAAAAGACCAAAGUAAAAUGUACCACAAUUCAGUGCCCUAUCCAGCUGGCCUCCUAAAAGAAAACAUUUGGACACCUUGGGUAACAGCGAUGACUCAACAAAAACAUUCUUUAUAAACCUUUUUUAUAAGAUUGAAUUAGUAAAAAAGGCUGGUUUUGUGCAUUCCAAUAAGUUAAAACAUUAGUUAAGUAUAUCUACAGAAAACCAUUAACUUUUGUGAGUACUGUUGAUUUUCAGCUUCAGUGUAGAUUGCUUAAUUCUGCUUACACCAAAGUUUCAGCCUUUUAGAUUUCAAAGUUAACUGAAGUGUUCUGUAUUUUAUUUGUUGAAAUUGUUAGAAUUGCAAAGAUCGAACAUUUCGAUAAUUAAUAUAGUACUGGCAUUGUUCUGAAAGUAAUAGUCCCAAAAACAUUGUUAAUAUCUAAUCAGCAAUCCCAGCAGCUAUUCAAAACAAACUCAAAUAAUUUUAUUUGUAGCAAGGAUUUGGAGGUUCAGCUAAGAAAAGCAAAUGUUUUGAAUACAGACUGACCUCUUUAUUCUCUUCGUGCCUGUAAUAAUUUUUACAUUGGCAUCAAAAUGUCUCUGGCACAGGUGCAAGCCAUCAGUCGUGAACUGAUACCUUGCUUUAGGAAAUUUUAUUACUUUGAGGAUUUCUUAUGAAUUUAAUGAAGUAAAUAUUUACAGCAAUACACUUGACAUGUAUCCUCAAGUUAGAAAUUCUGCAUGAUCAAUUUGUCAUGAUUUUUUGUUAAAUAUAGAGAAGGUAGAUGAUAAAAGAAUUGUUAAUUAAUUGCCGAAAAUGUAAAUAUUUGAAAAAUAUGCUUCAAACAAUGUAGCCAAUGUUAAUUCAUGGAGUUUGAUACUUUAAAGACUCAAGAUGCUCAUUGGUGCAUAGUGGUUUGUGUUGAAGGGUUAGCAUUUGUACAUACAAAUAUUUCCCAUUCGUCAGUUCAUAUAUUUCCAUCAUUUUACUGAGUGACUGAUCAGUGCACUCACACAAGUCCCAUCAUCCUGAUUGAAAAUCAAAAUUGCAUUUUUGUAUUUUGAAAGUUUUAGAAUUCAAUUUUAUUUGUAACACUAUCUGCUUCAAGAAAUGGUGUUAUGCCUUUUGUCAGUUAUCAUUUAUCAAGAAUUUCUUUGUUCAUUUGAAUUCCCUCUGCCCAAAGCUGGUAAUUACAAUUGUAGUAGAGACUUCCAUUACAGAGAUAUAUUUUUGUUGUUAUGUUGAGAAAUGUAAUCUUUUUCUUCUGUGGUUUAAGUAAAAUAAAUAUGGU